UGGCUACUUUAUUUUCUAUUUACAUCAUACAUUUUUCGUAUGGUAGCAUGGCUUCCACAUUUUCGUUUUUAUUUUGCAUAAAUACAAACAAAUUCUAUUAUUUGCAAGAGGAAAUUUGUGAAUUAAUGAACACCAAAUUUUUUUGCAUUAUUGAAAAUAGUAAGUGUAAAUUAAAUAUCAGUUUAUUCAGUUUUCAUUGCGUAGAGAACUUAUUCAGUUAUGUCGAACGAAAUUCAAUUAAGUAAACGAAUCUCGUGGCUGUUGCGCCAUGGAGCUGAACAGGAAGGAAUCCCCAUACGUGCCGACGGAUUUGUGUCUGUGAACUCCAUUCUGGAACACCCAAAAUUUGGAAGAGACAUCAAUUUAAGAACACUACAAGAGAUCGCAAAAAAAGAUAAAAAGCAACGUUAUACGCUGAGGCAAAAUAUCGAUGACUUAUGGGAAAUACGUGCUAACCAAGGUCACUCAAUGGUCACUGUAGUGGCAUCGCAUUGUUUUCAGCGCAUUUACAACUCCGAUGAAAUUAACAUAGCGGUACAUGGCACAUACUACCGUUAUUGGGAACGAAUACUCUUGGAAGGACUUCGUACUAUGAAACGUACAUAUGUGCAUUUUGCCACGUACGACGACAUCCGCAAAUAUAAUCAAAAAAAUAAUGCUGUUAGUGGUUUUCGUAGUGAUUGCGAGCUGCUGAUAUAUUUGGAUGUUCGAAAAGCUAUGGAGCUCGGCAGAAUGGAAAUAUAUCGCUCCACAAACAAUGUUAUAUUGUGUGCGGGAAUUAAUGGUUGCAUAUCUAAAGACUACUUCCAAAAAGUUGUAGACAGGCGCACGAAGAAAACAUUAUGGUUUUAGUUAUUUGCUGAAAUUUGGUUUUGUAGACAUAUGAGUCAUUCACCGACUAAAGCACCUCUAUCCAAAUCCAUGAUUACAAAUUCUACUAGCAACAAUGACACAACUGAAUUUAAAUGUACCAUAUGUGCUCAAAAAUUCAAUACUAUCCAAGAAUGUUUGAAACACGAACUUUUGCAGCAUUCUACUAAAAGAGCAAAACGACCUCAAAAGACAUUACGCACCAAAGUCAACGCUAUCCUUGCAAAUAUAAAGACGGAUGCACAACAAUCAUUACAAAAAGAAUUACUGAAUGCUCUGCAUAAGUGUGAACCAGGCCAAGAGCUUCGUAGUAUUUUUAAACAUCACAGAAUGAAUGACGAAAAUUUAAGUUUGGUUUAUGAACGCAUCGAAGCUUGUCUAGAAAAGGAAUUACAGCCGUUAAGAGGGCUAAGGCUCCAUCCUUUUGGAUCCAUUGCAAGUGGCUUAGCUUUAAGAGACAGUGACAUCGAUUUGUAUAUUGAGCAUGUCGACGCCACCCAAACAACAUUAAAACUCAUUCACCGAACAUUUAAUCGUAUCAAUAAUAUUUUACAACGUAGUAACUGCUUUAGUGAAGUUAUUCCGAUACGCCAAGCUCGUGUACCGAUUAUAAAAUGUAAGCACAAUCCCACUGGAUUCAGUUUGGACAUAAAUUUGUCUUGUCCAAGUAGUGUGAGCAAUACGAAAUUCGUGCGGGACCUUCUGCAAUUCGACAACAGAAUUCAUGAAUUAAUUACGUUCCUUAAAAUAUGGGCUAAGCAGUUACAAUUAAUUGGUCGAGGGAAUAUGACCAGCUAUUGCCUUAUAACAUUGGUGUUAUUUUAUUUACAACAACCUCAAUCGAAUCAAUCGGCUGUGCUGCCAGCAGUUAAGGAUCUGCAAGAGAAUGUUCCUGAUAAUUUGAUAAUGGGUGUGAAUUAUGCGUAUCAACUUCAAGAGAAAAUAUCGCCGAUACCACAAGAAUUGACAACUUCAAAACUAAUUGAAGGCUUCUUCAAGUUUUAUAGCAGCCUUGAGUUCGAAAAUUUGCUUUUAUCUCCAUAUUUGGGGAAAACGAUACCACUUGAUGAGUUUAAAAAAGGUAUCUUCAGUUUUCCAGCCUAUAAUAAUCAAUUGUGUGCUGUGGCCAUAAUGAAUAACGAACCUGUACAACCGAUUCAGGCUGAUCGUUGUGUUUGUGUACAAGAUGCGUUUGCUCUAGGCCAUAAUGUUAGCAAAUCGAUAUCUCAACUCAAUUUGGAAUAUUUUCGAAAAUGCCUAAAUCUUGCUUGUGAUGUAUACGAAGAAGCAAACAUUUCAACAGAUGCUCAGCGAUAUGAGGCACUGCUUUACGGAAUUAUUAAUCGGAUGGCUCAAUCGGUGAAUAUAAACUUUAACUUCACAAGCCAAAAAACAGACAAACAUUCGCCAGCAGAUAAUUCUAAUAAUAGUACCGGCACCGUACGCAGUAACAAUAGUCCUUACAAAUUGAGUUAUAGUCUCACUCCCUCGCGUUCAGAAUUACGAACAAUCGUAGCGCUUAUUGAAGAAAACAAUUCGGAGCCCAUUUACAAAUUAUGGGCUAAGUAUUAUUUAGAAGCCAUUACCGAAAUAAUUACAGAAAUCUUCUGUUUGGACAUGCAGUCUGCCACACCCACCCAAAGUGACAAACAACAGCGGUUGGACGAAUAUAGCGGCUCUCACACUUGGCUAAUAAGUGGCUCAGUUGAUCAGUGGUCGGGUCGUAUGCAUCAGCGCUGCCAUAAUAAAACUUUUAUGGAACUGCAGUUGGAGCAAACUAAAAAAUUUACCUCGGAAAGACGACAAAACGCUGCAUAUGCUGUACAAUUAAAUGCCAUCUUAACUCUGAACAUAUUAAAUAAUUCCACUGCCAUUGAGUUGGUAGUGACACCGCGUAACACAAAGGGUGUGGGUCUAAUAAAGAAUGACCCUCUGAGGAAGUUCUUCGCUAGUUUUAAAGCAAGCAUGCAAAACUUUAAUCUAAAGGAAAAACUCAAAAACGAACGCAUCAAAUAAAUCUUUAUCUAUCAUUGACACGAUUCAAAUGUAUUUAUUGUACAAUAUUUUUAUUUUUGAAACUGACAUUAAAGGGUACAUAUAAUAUUUUGUAAAAUUAGGUUGAAUAAAGUUGUAUUUUAUAGUUAGCCGGAAAAAAGUGAAA